CUCCACACUUGCUCCGUGCAGCCGGGCUAAUCCAGCCUUCGUCCCAUUCCGCGGUGGGCGCAGCUCCUCCGUUUCUCUGCAUCGAAUAUCUGCACUUCUGAAUCCGUCUCACGCGCAGUCGCUGCAUCGCGACCCCUCCGUCGCAAAAUGGGGAAGCUCAUCCGCCUUGAGCUUUUCAACUUCAAAUCCUACAAGGGCCACCACACCCUUCUUUUCGGAGAUGCGUACUUCACAUCCAUUAUCGGGCCCAACGGGUCCGGCAAGUCGAACUCGAUGGACGCGAUCUCUUUCGUGCUCGGUAUCAAAUCGUCUCAUCUACGAUCUACGAACCUCCGCGACCUAGUCUACCGCGGCCGUGUCCUGCGCACAUCCAAAGUAGAUGCGAACGGCAACGUCAUCGACGGGGCAGCAAACGGGGAGGAACAACCCGACGACGAAAUCGACGGCGAACAGUCCCAGGACCCGAGCGGAUUGAACGACCCCCGAACCGCAUGGGUCAUGGCCGUGUACGAGGACGAUGCGGGCGAGGAGCAGCAAUGGCGGCGAUCGAUCACCAGCCAGGGUGUCAGCGAGUACCGGAUCAACAAUCGCACCGUCACCGCACAGCAGUACAACGAGGCGCUCGAGGCCGAGAACAUCCUGAUCAAGGCGCGGAACUUCCUCGUUUUCCAGGGUGACGUUGAGGCGAUUGCGUCGCAGUCUCCGAAGGAUCUGACGCGGCUGAUCGAGCAGAUCUCGGGCAGUCUGGAGUACAAGGCCGAAUAUGAGCGUCUGAAAGCGGAGGCCGAGGAGGCCGCCGAAUCGCAGACCGUGCAGCUUAACCGCCGCAGGGGCAUCAACUCCGAGAUCAAACAAUACCAGGAACAGAAGCGAGAAGCUGAGAACUACGCCCGGAAGGCCGAGGAACGCGACCAGGCGAUCAUCACGCAUAUCUUGUGGAAGCUCUUCCAUUUUCAACGCCUGAUUGACGCAUCGAGUGCUGACAUCUUGAAGUACCAAGAUGAGCUGAAAGAAUUCCGUCGUGGAGUCGAAAAGUAUGAGAAGAACGUGGAGGAUGCUAAGAAGAGCCACGCCAUGGUUGGUAGGGAUGUUGCCAAGGCCGAGCGAAAUAUCUUGAAGAAGGAGAAGGACAUUGAAGAGGCUGCCAAUGCACUCGUACCCGUUGAUGAGAAGGUCGACAUCACCAGAAAGAAGGUCGAUCGCUUUGCUUCUCGUAUAGCAGAGAUUACCCGGGAGAAAGACUCUCAAUCGGCGAAUGUGAAACAGCUGGAGAAGGACCUCAAGAUUGUGGAGAAGGCACAGGCACAAUGGGAGGCAGAGUGGCAGAAGACCAUGAGCAAACAGGGUGGCCAGCUGAGCGAAGCCGAUCUGCAAGAGUACGCAAAGCUCAAGGAAGAAGUCAGUAAGAGAUCGUCUGCCGAGCAAUUGAACCUCGACAAUCUGCGCCGACAGAAGAAGACCGAAGCGGAGGCCUUGAAUAGCCUCAGGAGCAAAGUCGAAGGCGCCGAUUGGCAGUUUAAAACUUUGGAAUCUGAGACACAGACCUUGACUGAGCGCAAGAGCUCUCUCAACGAUACAGCCAAGACGGCUUCCAAGGAGAUCGACCGUAAGAAGAAGGAGCUCAAUGCUUUGACGUCUGAGCGCCUGCGCGUGUCUCAAAUGCGGACGGAAUUGGAAGAGAAGUUGCAGGUCGUUCUGAAAAAGCUGCUCGACGCCGAUGAUGGCCGAAAGCGGUCUGAAAGAGAGAUCAGGGCUAAGGAACUGAUCUCGACUCUUAAGCGCAUCUUUCCGGGGGUCAAGGGCCGCGUCAGUGACCUUUGCAAGCCCAAGCAGAAGAAGUACUCCGAGGCAGUGAGCACUGUGCUGGGCCGACAUUUCGACGCGAUCGUUGUCGAUAAUGAAAAGACAGCCAAGGAAUGCAUUCAACAUCUCCGCGAUCAAAGAGCUGGCCAAGCCACGUUCAUCCCCUUGGAGACAAUCCAGGUCAAGGCUUUCAACUCGAACCUCAAAGGCUUGCACCGCGGCAUGCGUCCAGCAAUCGAAACCGUCGACUAUGACGACUCGGUGGCCCGAGCCAUCAGCUAUGCAUGCGGUAAUGCAAUCGUCUGCGAUGAUUUAGCAACGGCCAAAUAUCUUUGCUAUGAGAGAAACGUCGAUGCGAAGGCCGUCACUCUUGAUGGCACUGUCAUACACAAAGGCGGUUUGAUGACUGGUGGUAAAGGCCCUCAACAGCACUCCAAGCGCUGGGAGGACUCUGAGGUGGAGAACUUGUACAAGCUCAAGGACAAACUGAUGGCUGAUCUCGCCAAUUUGCCCAAGGGCCAUCGCCGCGGCACUGAAGAGGAGACACUGCAAGGUGACUUGGUCGGCCUCGAGCAGCGUCUUGCCUAUGCUCGGGACGAGCUCAAAGCACUUGAAAGAAACCUCGAAAGCAAGCACAGCGAAUUGGAAUUCGUUAGAAACCAGCUCGAAGAGAUGCGGCCGAGGUUGUCCGAGCGCGAGGAGGCGUUAGAGGAACUGGAUGAGACCAUUGCUGCAUCUCAGCAGAAGGUCAGCAGUGUAGAAGAUGAAGUCUACAAGAAAUUCUGCAAGCGCUUGGGUUAUGCCAACAUCCGUGAGUACGAAGUCCAACAGGGAUCGUUGCAAGAGGAAGCAGCGCAGAAAAAGCUCGAGUUUACAACACAAAAGAGCAGGAUUGAGAACCAGCUGAGCUUUGAAAGACAGCGACUGCAGGCUACGAUUGACCGCGUUGCUAGCCUUCAGGCACAGCAUCAACGCGAUGAGGAGCUUAUUCAGGAGCUUAAGGCCGAACAAGAGCGCAUUAGAAACCAAAUGGAUCAGUACAAUGCUGAGCUUGACAUUCUUCGUGAACGUCUCGAAGAGCAAAAGGAGGCUUAUGCGCAAUCAGCCGAAAACCUGACACAUCAUCGCAGAGAGCUUCAAAAACGCACCAGAGAGGUCGAAGGCACCCUGAAGAAUGUCAAUGCCCUAGAGGCAGAGAUACAACGCAAUUCUUCCAGUCGAUACGCUCUUCUCCGGCGUUGCAAGCUUGAAGAUAUCGAUAUCCCGCUGACAGAAGAUUCCAAUCCACUGGAUCAACUUCCUAUCGAUGAUUUGGUGCAAGCAGCGGAUCCGGAUGCCAUGGAUGUCGAUGACGAUGCCAACGGGGUUGGUGACGCAUUUGGCGUCCAGGACUAUGGCAUCGAGGUUGACUUUGACUCCCUCGGAGAAACCCUCAAAGAGGAGGACGACGAAAAGCUGGAAGAAGAACUGCUCGAGAAAGUCCGGUCUCUCAACAGCGAGCUCGACAAGAUGGCGCCCAAUACACGUGCCAUGGAGCGAUUAGAGAGUGUGGAGAACAAGCUUCGAGCCACGGAGAAGGACUUCGAAGACGCCCGGAAGCGUGCUCGGAAGACAAAGGAGGAGUUUGAAGAUGUGAUGCGUCAGCGGUCGGAUCUCUUCAACAAAGCCUUCUCUCACAUCUCCGAGCAAAUCGGUCCCAUCUAUCGUGAAUUGACGAAGAGUGCCAAUUACCCAUUGGGUGGUCAAGCUUAUCUGGACAUCGAAGACUCGGACGAGCCCUACCUCGACGGUAUCAAGUACCACGCCAUGCCUCCGCUCAAGCGUUUCCGGGACAUGGAGCAUCUUUCUGGUGGUGAGAAGACCAUGGCCGCUUUGGCUCUCUUGUUUGCCAUCCAUUCCUACCAGCCGUCUCCUUUCUUCGUGCUGGACGAGGUCGAUGCCGCUCUCGACAACACCAACGUCGCGCGUAUCGCCAACUACAUUCAUGAUCAUGCUGCUCCGGGUAUGCAGUUCAUCGUCAUUAGUUUGAAGAACGGACUAUUCCAAAACAGUGAAGCACUGGUUGGAAUCUACCGAGAUCAGGUGGAAAACAGCAGUAAAUCUUUGACUCUUGAUCUCCGUAAAUACAACUGAAUGAUGAAUCGAAAAAGGCUGGCCGGACUAAGCUUCUUGACUUUUUCUGUCAUAUGAUGUGUAGAAUAUAUCAUUCUCUGGUUUUCUUCUUUAUGAGCAAGUAUGCUUUAGCUAUUGUGCCACGGGAUUAAUGG